UCACCUGCAAUCACGAAACCUUGAAGUGCCUUAGAGGGGAACGUGUUUCUGUACUGAAUCGCACAACAAGUCAUUCAUUGAAGUCAGUCGCAAUGCCUCACAAACAUACCAGGAGGGAACAAGAUCCCUCAGCAUUUGAUCUCCCCCCAUCACAAAUCGCGAGGCCGCUUCCCGUUCAGCUGCGAAGUCGAAAAGCUUUAGCCAACAACGCGAAAAACACCAAGAAUGGCAAGAAUGGCAAAAGCCAAAAGACAGAGAAUGAUGGCGUCUCCAAGAAGAGAAAAGGUCGCAGCAAUGAUGACGAUGCUCCGAGAGCUUUCAAGCGCAUCAUGUCGUUGGCGUCGGGCAGGAGACAACGAUCUGGUCUAGAUAAUGGCGAGACGGUGGCCCAAAAGAAGAAGGCAGCUAAGAAAGCUGCAGCAGCCGCGCAGAGCGAGACCAAGGUUGAGGAGACUGGGAAGCCCGAGAUGCCCACGAUCCGGCCGGGUGAGAAGAUGUCCGAUUUCGCUGCCCGCGUCAACGCAGCCCUACCUCUGGCCAACCUUGUCAACAAGACCGAAAGGGGCGGAAAAGAUCCUCUCGGUCUCAAGACCGUCAGGACGCGGAAAGAGAAGAAGAUGCACAAGCUAUAUGACCAGUGGCGUGAGGAAGAGCGCAAGAUUCAAGAGAAGAGAGAAGAGGAGCUCGAAGAAAUCGCCGAACGCGAGCUAGAUGAAGAGAUCAACGGCGGUACCUUUGGCAAUUUCGGACAGACCUCAAAGGCCUUCUACGAACCUGGGCAGGACAAGAAGAAGGGUAAAAAGGGGAAGAAAAAUAAGGGCGCAGACCGCGAAGAAGAUCCUUGGGCAGUGCUCAAGAAGAUGCGUGCUGAGGCCAAAGUAGGGCUCCAUGAUGUCGCGCAGGCUCCGCCAGAGCUUCACAAGGUCGGCAGAGAUAAGCUAUUGGUCCGUGGUGCGGCCGUUGAUGUCUCCAACGUGCCAAAAUCCGCUGGUAGCCUGAGAAGACGUGAAGAGCUCCAGGAAACCAGAGAGGCAUUCCUUGUGGCUUACAGAAAACAGCAGGAGGAAAAGUUGGCUAAGCUUGCCGUGACGAGAUCUCGAGAUACCCAAAACUAGCAGCAAUGAAAGCCUGUCUUCGAAGACGCCGA